CAUCUGUCAAUGUCAACCUUAAAAAUGCUCUAAAAUUCGUAAUUUGAUAUUGGUAUGGUAAAAUAAGUGAUUUCGAUAAUAUGAUCGAUGGUACGCAAAUACUGCUAAAAUAAUAAAAUAGCACUAAAAUGUCUGAUCGUUUAACCCAAUUACAAGAUGUUAUUAAUCAGCAAGCAGAUCAUUUUUGCAACGCGAUCGGUAUUCUGCAACAACAUUCCACGCCUACAAAGUUUGCAGCAUUUGAUCGAAGUGGCUCUCAAACCCCAAAUCAGCAACAGAACCACGAAGAUUACGCCCAGUUGUUUUCAAUACUUAUCUCAAGAUGUGCUAAAGAUAUUGAUACACUAAUUGAAUCUCUUCCCAAUGAGGAUAGCUCAACCGAACUACAAGUUAAUAGUUUAAGAGUUCUUGAAACUGAAAACCAAGAAGCAGCUGAAAGAUUGGAAGAGAUCGUGCAAAGGGGUGAACUCUUGUUAGAAAAAAUCCAAAGUGCACUCAGUGAUAUAGCACAAGCUCAACUGGAUAUGCAAAUACCCACUACUACUUCAUCAACAAAGACUGCAAAAAAUGCAUAACAUAUUUAUUUAAAUUAAAAUUAAAUAAUUUAAUUAGAAAUACAUUUUUCAAAACUUGACAACUAUAUGACAAUUCUACAAUGGGCUGCUUGGAAUAUAUCACAAUUUUUUUCUGGGCCUCUAUAGUGAUGAUUUUUGCAUAACAAUUAGGCUGUAAAUACAAAUACAACAUAAUAUUAUCUGUAUGGAUUCCUCCUCAAAAAAAAUUUAUAUAGUUGAAGUAUCAUUGAUU